AAGUUGUUCUGAAAAUGGGAGAGUCUGAUACUUUGACUCCAAAAGGAGAGAGACUUUGUUCUGUCUCCGAAGACUUGGGCUGUAGACGGGGCGAGUUCAGCAGAAAGCAUUAUGGAUCUGUGGAGCUGCUUAUAUCUAGUGAUGCUGAUGGAGCCAUUCAAAGAGCUGGACGUUUCCGAGUGGAAAACGGAUCUUCUGAUGAGAAUGCAGAUUUCACCCCAUGUACAUGGCGCAGAACAGAUGUGCACUUGGAAAACCCAGAGUACCACACCAGAUGGUAUUUCAAAUAUUUUCUAGGAAAAGUUCAUCAGAAUUACAUAGGUACAGAUGCCGAGAAGAACCCUUUUUUUCUGUCUGUCGUGCUCUCCAACCAAAACAAUCAACGUGUCCCUCAAUACCGCUCAAUUCUCUGGAAAAAAACAGGUACUCAGAAAAUAUGCCUCCCUUACAGUCCCACAAAAACAUUAUCAGUGAAAUCUAUUUUAAGUGCCAUGAAUCUUGACAAAUUUGAAAAAAGCCCUAGGGAAAUUCUUCACCCUGAGAUACAAAAGGAUUUACUGGUUCUUGAAGAGCAAGAGGGCUGCGUAAAUUUUAAGUUUGGAAUUCUUUAUGCCAAAGAUGGUCAACUUACAGACGAUGAAAUGUUCAGCAAUGAAACUGGAAGUGACAGCUUUCAAAGAUUAUUGAAUCUUUUGGGUGACACAAUUACACUGAAGGGUUGGACAGGCUACAGAGGAGGCCUGGACACUAAAAAUGAUACAACAGGAAUAUAUUCCAUCUACACAGUGUAUCAAGGGCAUGAGAUUAUGUUCCAUGUUUCAACCAUGUUACCAUAUUCUAAAGAGAACAAGCAGCAAGUAGAAAGGAAGCGUCAUAUUGGAAAUGACAUUGUCACUAUCGUAUUCCAGGAAGGGGAAGAAUCUUCUCCAGCAUUUAAGCCUUCCAUGAUUCGCUCUCAUUUUACACAUAUUUUUGCCUUAGUGAGAUAUAAUAAGCAAAAUGAUAGUUACAGGCUGAAAAUAUUUUCAGAAGAAAGUGUACCUCUCUUUGGGCCUCCCCUUCCAUCCCCAUCUGUGUUCACAGAUCACCAGGAAUUCAGGGACUUCAUACUAGUGAAGUUAAUAAACGGGGAAAAAGCCACUUUGGAAACCCCAACAUUUGCUCAGAAACGGCAGCGCACUCUAGACAUGCUGAUUCGUUCUUUAUACCAGGACCUCAUGCCUGAUCUACACAAGAACAUGCUUAAUAGGAGGUCCUUCAGUGACGUGUUACCAGAAUCCCCUAGAUCAGCACGGAAGAAAGAGGAGGCCCGUCAAGCAGAAUUUGUCCGACUUGGUCAGGCACUGAAACUGAAAACCAUUGUGAGAGGAGAUGCCCUAACUAGUUCAGCAACCACAAGCCUCUAUAAAAAGGAGCCGUGGGAGUCCCAUUGUUUCUGCAGUAAUUUUCCUCAUGAAGUUGUUUGUGCGGAUUCUUGGGGCCAGUCCUUGCUAGUUUCUACAGAUGUUGGUGUCCUGCUAAUAGAUGAUGGCCAGUCAUCAGUGCAAGUAUUUGAUAAAACUCUCCAGGUGAAGCAGAUGCAUGUGCUGGAAGCUUUGGACCUUUUGAUUACCAGAGCAGACAAAGGGAAGGACUCUCGUCUCCUUGUCUUCAGGAUGAGUGCUGUACAAAAUGGCAUAGAAGCAAAACAGAUGGCAAAGAGCAAAUAUGACUGCAGAGAAAAUAAACUUGAGAAAACAAAAGGCUGCCAUUUGUAUGCCAUUAAUACUCACCACAGCAGUGAACUGAGGAUUGUUGUGGCUAUUAGGAACAAACUGCUUCUCAUCACAAAGAAAUACAAUCAAGGCAAAGAUUUAACCAGUGUCUGUUUGAUGUCACCACUGUCUGAAUCACCAGUGGAGGAAUUCCAGUACAUCAGGGAGAUUUGUCUCUCUGACCCUCCAGUGAUCAUGACUCUGGUGGAUGGACCUACUGGAGACAAUGACAAUAUGAUCUGUGUAGCAUAUCGGCAUCAGUUUGAUUUAGUUAACGAGAGUACUGGGGAGUCCUACAGGUUACAUCAUGUUGAAGCAAGCAGGGUUAAUUUUGUUGCAGCUAUUGAUGUAUAUGAAGAUGGUGAAGCUGGUCUACUGUUGUGUUAUAACUAUGUCUGCUACUACAGAAAGGUAUGCCCCUAUAAUGAGGGUACUCCUUUGGUCCAGACAUCGGCAUCAGACUUCCACUUUAGUUGGAACCAGGUUCCUUAUGCCAUUGUUUGUGCUUUCCCUUAUAUCCUGGCUUUCACUACUGAUUCCAUAGAGAUACGAUUAGUGGUGAAUGGGAACCUAGUCCACACAGCUGUGGUGCCUGAACUUCAACUUGUUGCAUCAAGGUCAGAUAUUUAUUUUAAAGCUACUGGAACAGUAAGUGGAUCAUCCAAUAGCAGUUCCAAGGAAACUAGUUCAAACAGUUCUCCUCAGACUCCAACAGCUCAUGAAAUGCCAGAAUUUCCUUCUUCCUCAGCAGAAGGUGAAGUUCAGUAUAAAAACUUAUACAAAAUUCCUCUCAGUAACCUGGUUGGGAGGAGCAUUGAACGACCUCUGAAGUCACCAUUAGUCCCCAAGGCUAUCACCACCUCAACUUCCAGUGUUGCUGCCUCAGCUCCUGUCAGUCACUCAUUAUCUUUGUCUCGUAUGGAAAUUAAAGAAAUUGCAAGCAGGACACGCAAGGAACUGCUGGGCCUCUUGGAUGAGAAAGUUCCCAAAUCAGAAGUAGCACAGAAGCAAAAGAAGGUUCAUCGAAAACCAUCAGACCACAAGCAGGGAGCAAUAAGGUCAACAAGCAGUGACAGAAUAAUUUCAAGCUCUUUUGAAAGCAGUUCUGAAGGGCGUCACCUUUCCACUAGUUCAGAUCCUGAUACUGCAGCAAACCGGGAGGAGAGCCCACCAUCUAGCAGUCUAUUUCAUCUCACUACUUCAUUUGAUGAAGACAUCAUUGACUUGAACCAGGAUCAUCUAUCCUUGAAGUGGUACUGUUCUGUUAUAAUGUUUACUGAAGAACUAAGGAUAUUCUAUGAAGAUCAGGUAAGAUAAAGCAUACAUUUUUAACAGUGAGAGUAAAUUACAGAGAAUAAAGUGAAUGUUUUUCUAAAAGUUCUGCUCUCAGAAUUAUUUUGUGUAAGUUAAAUGGCCUGUGUUAUACAGGAGGUGAGACUAGAUGAUCACAAUGGUCCCUUCAGGCCUUGGAAUCUAUGAAUAAGAUACAAAUAUGCUUUCUUAGCUCUCAUCUUUCCAUGUACAUUUUUUCUGAGAGGGACCCGAAAACAAGAUUUAGAGUAAAAAUUCCAGAAUGCGGAGAAUUUUGUAGAAAAAUAUUAACUUUCAAAUUAUUCACCUAAAAAUUGAAAAUCAAAGAUAAAGGAAGAAAGAGAUGCAUCAGGCUAACAAAGCAACUGGAAUAUUAUCCCUGUUAUAUACCUGCAGACUUCUUGAAAACACAGUAUGUAGGAUGCAGCAUCUGAUUUUGCGUUUCAUUUUCUAUCAAUGUUUUGACUUGCAGAUAAACCUCCUGUUAACAUGCAGGCAUCUGUAUUUGUUGCUAUUUGCUUGUGCAUUAGCUGUUUAAAUUAUAAUAUUUUAGACUGCUCCAAAUAGCUACAUUUUGCUGAGUGAAUCCAGGCUGAAAUUUCACUGAACAGCUAGGUUUUUGUGAUGAAAUAGUAACAAUAAACCUUUUGAUGUAUGAAGGACAGAUUUCACCUACAAAAUGAUUCUUGAGACCUUUCCUGCAUUUUCUGUAUGCCAAAAAAUCAAUUUGCAACAAAAAUCAAAAUGUUUUGCCUUUUCAUGAAAUUGUGUGAAGUUUUCCUCCUUUUUUACUUAAAGAUGUUAGCUCUGUUUACAAGUUAUUUCUUGUUCCAUAAUUAGAAAUAGUUCAGCAUCUUCAUUAUUUUAGGGAUGGCGUGCUGGUGUCAUAGUUUGUUUCCUUCUUAGCAUGAACAGCUGAAAACUUGUGUCUUUUAAAUGAGUGUAUCAGAAUAUAAUCCAGUUUCCUGCCUAGUACUCUGUUACCAACCUUUUACUAGUAUAGGUAGCUGCUAAUUUCUCCACCAAGAAAAUAUUAGUUAACUUCAUUUAAAGGAUCAUUUCUUAUUCUCAGCUGUAACAGCUGAUCAAGGAAAGAAGCAAUAUUUUCAGCUGCAAUCAUUCUUUCAGUAGAAUAAAGUAUUUUAACCAGUGAUUAGUAUUACUGUAUUUUUAAACAAGUAAAUCUGUGUGUUGUAAUUCUAAGAAAAAGCAUAUAAGAAAAGCGAGCUGAAAUUGUUUGCCAGAGAUUUCAACUCUUGUGAGAAAGCAUUCCACAAUCGCUGGAAAGAGCUUAUACACCCUAUACAAUUUACCAGUUCAGUUAAGGUUGAAAAAUUAAGCUGAAAGAUGCAAAGAGUGGCACUUACUUUUGAUGGAGUCUGGGGCCCUGUUGUGUGUGUGAAAGGCAGUAUUUCUUUAUACAACUAUUUCAGGGCAGACCAUGUUAGCAUGCAAGUGAACGUGUAUGGGGGCUCAUUGCACCCGCUUUAGGAGCACUAAUUGCACUAACAUCUCAUCCUGAAAGAAACAAUAAUAUUUUCUUUCCCUUUCUUUAUCCUCAGCCUUGUUCCCUUAUGUUGCUUCUGUCGUGUUAGUUGUACGUGCAUAUGCUCAUGGGUUAUUUUGGAGCCUAUACUCGUGUCGCAAACUCAGGCUUUAGUUAAAAUAAAAUUUUAACUGGAAAUUUUGUUUUGGUUUGUCAAAAUAUUAAAUUGUAAAUUGAAAUAGCUCAUGGAACUCUUCUCUUCUUCUGAUAUUCUAGCAGAGUCCACACAACUCAGCAUAUAAAAAUUAGCAUUGGCUAGAGCCUGAUGCUGCUGAGGGAGCUAAAAGGGCAUAUUGAAAGGACUUAGCAAAGAGCUGCAUAAUCAGUAGGGCUGUCAAGCGAUUGAAAAAAUUAAUCAUGCGAUUAAAAAAAAUUAAUCACGUAAUUAAUUGCACGGUUAAACAAUAAUAGAAUACCAUUUAUUUAAAUAUUUUUGAUGUUUUCUACAUUUUCAAAUAUAUUGAUGUCAAUUACAACACAGAAUACAAAGUGUACAGUGCUCAUUUUAUAUUUAUUUUUUA